GCUCGCUCGAGAGAGUACCUCCUCUCUCUCACUCGCGCCCCCACCAUAUACCGGAUCGGCGUAUACGCGGUAGUACGAGAGAGAGAGAGAGAAAGAGCGCGAGUAUAGCUCAUUUAGACUUUUCCCUCUGCUCUCCUCUAGCUGCCGCUCUGCACCGCACGCCCACCAACCCUUGGCGCAGUACAGUACCGGAGCAGCACUGCAGCAGUGCGAUCAGCUCGGUAGCCGAGUUCAGUCGCCGUUCGGACGCUGCAGAGACGGAUCAUCGAUUUUGACCGAUCGCUCACCAUCUCUCACGGGAGAUGUGCCCUCGACGCAGCGGCUAUGUAACGACCUGGACCGAGAGUCCUUGCCGUCUGCACAGUUGAGACGAGAUAGAGUUAGAGCGCGAGAGAAAGAGUUCAGUUAUAGAGUUCGGUUCUUCUGUGACAAGUUCAGUGUGUUGUUCGGUUCGGUUGAGUUGAGUCGAGCAGCUCGCUCUCUCUCUCCCUCUCUCUCUCUCUCUUCCGCAGGCACGAUGCCGGAGAAGGAAGUGGCCUACCACCAGGAGACGUUCUCGCUGCUGCCGCCUCCGCCGGCGCCGCACCUCAACCACCCGCACUCGGCCUUUCACGCGGCGGCCAGCUUCCAGCCGCACCAUCCCUCGGCCUUUCAGCUGCAGACUGGACCGUCGGUAGCGGCAGCCGCCGCUGCAGCCGCGGCCGCUGCCUGGGAACAUCACGCCGCCGCCCUCGCCUACAACGCGCUGCCUCCGCACCCCCCAUUGUCGGGUAGCACGAGUCUGGCGAGUCCAUCGAGAGGCAAGGAGAACGGCUCGGCCACAGCCGAGCAACCUGGUGAGAGCAGCAACAGCUCAGCCGGUGGGACGACCGAGGCGAGCUCGGCAGCGGCCGCGGCGGACUUUCUGCGCCGUAGUCAUCCACUCUCGGAGCACACGGCUCAGCUCCAUCCAACCUAUCGGCUCAACUACAUGGACCACCUCUACCACCAGCUCCAGCACAGCCCCAGCGCUUCUUUACACGGACUGGGCGCUCUGGGGCCGGAGUACCUCCUGCACGCGGCAGCCCCCGGCAGCACGUUAGCCUCCUCGGAAUUUCCCUUCUCGAUCGACGGUUCGAGACUGGGCAGUCCCCGGGCCUCGGCGAUACGAGCCAGUCGCAAGAGGGCACUCAGCAGUUCGCCCUACUCGGAUCGCUUCGACAUCGACAGCAUGAUUCGCUUCAGCCCCAACAGCCUUGCCUCGAUUGUCAAUGGCUCCAGGAGCAGCAGCGCCAGCGGAAGCUACGGACAUCUCUCUGCCGCGAUGAGUCCGGCGUUGGGUAUGCAUCCCGGCAUGGCGCCGCAUCUGCAGCAGAUCCAGGCGCAGUUGCUGCGCAACGCUGCCGUCGCGGUUCUCCACGGCCACCCCAGUCCCGUUCACCCACACCUUCACCCGCACUCGCACCCACCGCACCCGCACGCCCAUCACCAUCCGCACCCCCACCCUCACGCUCACCCUCACCCGCACGCGCAUCCGCAUACCCAGCUUUACCCCGUGUCCAGCCACGUGCUGCCCCCGCACACGGCAGCCCCCACCGCGCCGGCCCCCGCGCCACCCAAGACCGAGAUCCCGGCGUCGGCUGCUGCCGAAUCCAGCAACAAGUCCGUCACCGCCGAGGCCGACACCUCCUCCAAGCGCGGCAGCAGCAGCAGCUCCAGCAAGGUUAAGCGCGAACCGGCCACCAGCACGAUACCCGCCGUGUCUCACCCCCAGGGCCUCAGUCCCAGCGACGACCCCCGCGACGAGCCCGAGCCCGGCGACUUCGUCGAGACCAACUGCCACUGGAAAGACUGUGGAAUGGAGUUCGCCCACCAAGAGCACCUCGUCGAGCACAUUACCGAAGAUCACAUCAAGAAAGACAAGAAGGUCUUUAUCUGCGGCUGGGAGAACUGCUCCCGCGAGGAAAAACCCUUCAAGGCGAUGUACAUGCUCGUCGUGCACAUGCGAAGGCACACCGGCCAGAAGCCCCACAAGUGCACGUUCGAGGGCUGUCAAAAGGCCUACUCGAGACUGGAGAACCUCAAGACCCACCUCAGGUCCCACACGGGAGAAAAGCCCUACACUUGCGAGUAUCCUGGCUGCCACAAGGCCUUUAGCAACGCUAGCGAUCGAGCGAAGCACCAGAACAGGACACAUUCCAACGAGAAACCGUACGUCUGCAAAGCGCCGGGUUGUACCAAGCGCUACACGGACCCGUCCUCGCUGCGCAAGCACGUCAAGACGGUGCACGGGCCCGAGUUCUACGCGAACAAGAAGCACAAGGGAGGCGGUAACGGUGACAACCCAGGCAGCGACGAAGCCGGUCAUGGAGGUCACAGCAGCCCCAGCCGCAGCGAAGAUCUGCACCCGAAGACUCCCAGCUUGUCGAGCCCCAGUGUCAAGUCCGAGAGCGAGGCCAACAGUCCUCCGAGUAUGAUGAAUCAGCACGGCAGCCCGUUGUCCAUGCACGCAGCUGGCUGCACCGAGGACGGCUCCGGCAUGGUCAUCCCCGGUGACAACGUGCUCCUACAGCCGGAUGGCAAUUGGAACGAGGAGCCCGAAGACCUGGACAUCGCUGACUUGCCGCUCGCCAUUCGCGCCAUCGUUGGCGGAUUGGACUCGCACCAGCAGAUCCCAGCGGGCUCGCGGAACCGCUUGAAGAAUCGAUUGGGCGCCAAAGCUGGCUCGAUGUCGCCCGCGUCGCUGAUGCCGGGCUCGAAUCUGCGCGUGAGCCGCGGUCUCGGCGAUCUCAACAGGCGCAUCACCGAUCUCAAGAUGGAGGGCGGCGCGACUACCAACCGCCAGACCAGCCUCUCCGAUCUGCAGCUCAGGCUGCAAUCCAACAGCAACGAGCCAAGGCGCGAUAGCAACAGCACCGUCAGCACUUACUACGGCAGCAUGAAGUCCGCGGACUUUGGCAGUAGCCGAAGAAGCAGUCAGGCCAGCGGUGUCAGUGCCAUCAAAGGUCCAGCUUUCGGACCGGGAAGCUUUUACGAUCCCAUCAGUCCAGGCACGUCCAGGAGGAGCAGCCAACUGAGCACCGCGUCCACGAGAUUUGGCAACCUUUCCUCGCAGUUGCAAGUACCCUACUCGACCAGCAACCUCGUCGUUCAGACGCAGAACAUGUCCCUUCAAAGUGCACACAACAAUCCAAACGAGUGGGCGAUGCCGAGCCACUGCGCUCAAGGGGCAACAAGUGAUCGUCGCAUGUCCGAGCCAGCUCGCGGCCACCAGAGCCAACGCGUGUCACCGCCGAUGCCACCGAGGCCGCGUUCGGCGCAACUGCCGGAUCUUCAUCCCAACCAGGAGGUCGUCCUCGACGAAGUCGGCGAAGGCGAAAUGGUCGAGAACAAGCUCGUGAUUCCCGACGAGAUGAUGCAGUACCUGAACCAAGUUCAAGCAGGCGGCAGUUCGCAAUUCAGCUACCGCGGCAGUCCACUGCCCAACUGCCGAUCUCCCAUUUGCACGAAUCCCCAGCACUGUAUGCAGAGAUCACAACCUCAGUGCAGUUACAAUUCACAGUGCUACAACCCGUCGAACCAACAGAACCCGAUGCCCAACCACAACAGCAACGGCAUCGGCUCACCGGCUGACUACAGUUCCGUCGGAUCUCCUUACUCUCAGUGUCCAAACUCUCGCAUGGGCCAGACUCCGAAUUACUGCCCAACACCGAACUACGGACCUCAGUCGUGCUCGUCGCAGCUCGCCCGUCCGGGACAAGUGAUGUCGCCCAGUGGCUCGCACUAUGCCCCGAGUCAGUUGAGCGAGCAACCCAUGACGUCUCCGGCCGCCGGAGCGUUGGCUCCGCCUCAGGGAAUGCAGAACCCUCAUCAGAACAGUGCACAGAUGAGCCGAGUGAACUGCCAUGGCCAAAACGCCGAGCACAAUGGCUACUAUCCCGGUUACGGCUGCCAGACUCAAAUGGGCCAGAAUUGCGCGGCUCAGCAGAUGCAGGCUCGCCCGAUGGGACAGCCUUGCUCUCCUAUGCAUCCCAGCAUGGGUCAAACCUGCGGACACCCGCCGAGAGCUCCCAGCAACGGCAGCAGCCACUGUCAGCCCAUGUCUCCAGUCUGCCAGCAACAGAUGCAGCAGCAGAUGCAAGCCAACCCCCGACCCAUGUCCGGUCAUGGCAUGAUGCAAAAUCAGUGCGGCAUGCCGAAGCCGAUGAACGUCAUGACUCCAGUCUUGAGUCCUGCAAUGUCCGACCAGUGCCCGAGGUCCGUCGGCUCGCACUGCUCGCAACCGAGCCUAGCUAGUCAGAAUGCUGCGAAUUCAGUGCACCCCGCAGACAUGCAGGUCCAGAGUCCCUGCUCGCAGAUGUCCACUGGAAGUUGCGUUCAUCCGAAUCCAAUGGCCAACCAUCGCCCGAUGAAUUCCCAGAACAUGUACCCCAAGGAAGCCCCCAAGACCUGCCAGUCCAACAACUGCCACGCGCAGUACAACUGCUGCCAUAUGCACCAACAUCAACAGCCUCAAGGUCAGCAGCAGCGAAUGAACGGAUGCGGCAGCGAGUGCCAGUGGGCCUACAACAGCGAGCAAUGCUGCAUGGGUGGAACGGCUCACCACGGGCACGGAGCCGCGGGACACGUGCCAGAGAUUCAGUGCCGUGACAUAAGCCAGUCCCAGGGAUCGCCCAUCAAGCCUCCUCAAGGCAUGCGCCAAGACUCUUAUCGCAGAACACUCGAAUACGUGCAGCAGUGCAGAAAUUGGUCGGGCAACAUGUUGACUCAGGCUCCCGAAGCGAGCGUCUCCAGUUCGACGCACCCGAUGCAGUUGCCACAGCCGCUGCCCGCGAGCGCCAACAUGAUCGUUAACGACAUGACCUCCUCUCUAAGCUCACUGCUCGAAGAAAACCGGUAUCUGCAGAUGAUCCAGUGAUCUCACGCCUUAACUUUUCUAUUAUUAUACAUGCAUUUUUUACGGAUGCCUUAACGUAGGAAAGAGUUCGAUCGGUCAUUUACACUGGUAGAAGCAAUACUCCUGUAACUCUGCCUUUAUAUAUAUAUAUAUAUA